CCAUCAUGAAAUUUUUGCUUUAUUUCAUAUUUAAAUAUAAUCACAUGUUAUAAACAAAAGCUACUGAAAGUCAGAACACGCAAUUUUGUUUUCAAUGUAAAAUUCUCUCUUCACAUUUAAUACAACACAACAAAGCUUUAUUAAUAAGCUCAUAGUGCAGAAUGUUACACAGUCAUUUAGUAAACACCAGGACAAUUUUAUCACUACCAAGAAUAUUCAAAAGGCAACAGUCGAAGUGUGCAGAAGGCACCGAAUUUUCCCCAGAUGAAGUGGAGAAAUUUCACCAAUGUUUUUUAAAAUUUGAUAGAGAUGAUGAUAACAAACUUGAUCGAUGGGAAUUUACAAACUUCGCUAAAUGGGUGAUAGGAACAGAUUGUAACAUAACUGACUUGAAUAAUAUUUUCUCAAAGAUUGAUCAAAAUAAGGAUCAGUACAUCUCGGUUGACGAAUUGAUGUCUCAUUUGGAAAAGCGAUAUGUCGAUCAGAGUAAGAAGCAAAUUAUGCAAACAUUCUCUAUAUUUGAUAAAAAUUGUGAUGGUCUGUUAAACUUCUGUGAGGCCAAGACAGCAAUCAUAUACCUUGGCGAAGACAUCUUGGUGAAUAAUCUCAAAGAAAUAUUCAUGAGUGUGGACAAAGAUAAAGAUGAUAGGAUAGACUUAAAAGAGUUUGUUCAAUUAAUAUGUCAUGUUUUAAAAAAUUAAUUUUAAAGGUGGUCAGAUUUGGUUCAUGUAUGUCUUUUGUUUUGAUUCUGAAGUACUACUGGUGAUUAGACAAACCUUUUUGCUUUAAUAAAUUUAUAAACGUUAAGUCAAUUAUUUAAAAA